ACAAAUGACAAAAGUCUGAAAUGAGCAAUCUUGAAUCUUACCCUCCUGUGUUUCGCCACCAAAAGAAGGAGGAAAGCCAGAAGUAUGAUGCAGUUGAUGAAGAGGAUUCAUUAGAUCCUAUUCCUCGAAUAGAUUUCCAGUGUAUAAACCUGGAGAAACUUGGGGAAGCAUGUAAAGAUUGGGGUCUGUUUCGUUUGGUUAAUCAUCAAGCUCCCUUGACCCUUAUGAGCCAACUUCAACAACUGGCUAAAAAGAUUUUUUCUCUGUCGUUUGAAUCUAAACAAGGGUUAUUCACUGAACCAGUUUCCUACACUUGGGGAACUGCCGCUCUUACUCCAUCGGGGGCUGGCCUAUCAAUAAGUCCCAAACAUAUAAACUGGGUUGAAGGAAUCAACGUUCCUCUCAGUCACCUCUCCCUGUUUGAAGCUGCUGCAGAUCCCAUGCUUCACACUUUCAGUGUUUUGUUGGAGGAAUAUGGGAGACAUAUGGGAAGGCUUGCUAAAACACUAUUUGAAGCAAUGGUAAAGAACCUUAAUCUGGGUUCCGAAAAAUCCAAUUAUAAUCUAUCAGAAUCCACUGCCUACGUCAGAAUUUAUCGCUAUCCGAGUUUACCUGAAACUGCUGAGGCUGUAGGCAUGGAGUUGCACACAGACAGCUCGGUUCUCUCUAUACUGAACCCAGACGAAGUGGGUGGCCUUGAACUUCUCAAAGACGGCAAAUGGUUCGAAGUUAAACCCAUACCAGGCACAAUGAUUGUCAAUCUUGGAGACAUGAUGCAGGCAAUCAGCAACGAUGAGUACAUGAGCGCCAAGCACAGAGUGAUGGUGAAGAAGAAGAUGGAGAGGCUUUCAGUUUGCUACUUUGUAUUCCCAGAAGAAGGCAAUGUGAUUCGCAGCCCAAACUACAAGCCUUUUACUUACCGUGAUUUCCAGGCGCAAGUGCAAAAUGACCUCAAGACUUUGGGUUAUAAAGUGGGGCUCGAAAGGUUCAAAAUUAAUGAGGAUUAAGUCAUUUUAAUGAAGCUUUUACUAUAGAGUGGUCAACAUGUUCAAUAAUAAUCCUUCUGUAAUUGUGUUGAGUGCAUCUUCCAUUGCCGGCGAAGAACAUCUAUUUGAAGUGCUAAUAAAUCAUCUAAUUUAUUUAUUUGCAGAUCGAUUAAUCAAUGAAUUCAAAAUUGUGCUAUAAUUUUGGUAUAGUUUCUCCUAA